AAUUAGAACAGAACGGCGUGAAAUUAACAGUAUCGUUAACGCUAACGUUGGACAAUCGAACAUCAGCUGUUUCGGGCUCGUGUCACGAAUUCAUCCCUUCGAAUUGUCAGUUGUCAGCUGUUGUCAGUUUUUGACGGUCGUGUGAAAAUUAAUGCAAAAAAGUCCCCAAUAGAUAAACAAUAAAUCGGUGUGCGGAAAAAGGAAGCCCAGGAACAGUUGAAACUCGCGUCGUUUUGGUUCUUUUAGUUUUCCUUAAACCACUUUGCUUUGCGCUCUGUCAGGCAUUUCAGUUUUUUGGUGCCCCAAACCAAGUGAUUAUUAUCGGCGAUUACUACUAAAGACUAUGGAUAUUCUGAGGAAAAUGUUCAAGUCCGAGGCGGAAAAGGAGCCGGACUCUUCGGUUUCCGCUUCCAAUAAGGACGAAUUCCGGAAGCCCCAGUGGUUCGAGGAGGCCGAAACCGAUGACGAACUCUUCGACGACGAUCGCAAGUUCGCCUUCCAGGUCUUCACCAGUCCGCUGGAGAUGCAGAAGCACUUCGAGAGCCAGCUGCAGCGGCUCCUGGAGUCCCUAAACGAUGGUGAUGAUGGUUUUGAGCGCGACUUGAAAGAGGACUUUUUGAAGCCGGGCUUUGAGAGCAAGAUUUUGAAGAAGUUUGAGCAGCAAAAGGACUUGUCCCUGGACACGGACCUGGAUGGCGAGAUCUAUGCCGAUCAAUUGCACUCGCUCAUCCAGCGUUUAAAUCCGGAGGAGAAGCUUGAACCGGGUGACCAGGGAAUGGGCAACAUUUUGCCAUCGAAUCAGCAUGGCUAUCGCAAGAGCUAUCAACGAGCUAAGCUCACUGAUGAGGAGAUAAUCAUGGGCCGGAUACAUGGAACCAUUUCCGCCGAUGGGGAGAGCAAGUCGUGCGCUCGUCCUCCGCGUCCGCCGAUGAACAACAAGCCGGACAUCAUGACGCCCAUGACCCCGAUGUUGCCGCGCAGUGGAAUGACUCCUUUCGGUGGGGUAUUCGAUGGCAACUAUCAGGGUCCAAAGCUGUUUAGCCAGAGCGUCAUGACCAAGACGGUGCGCAAGCCGGAUGGCAGUUACGAGACCACCAAGGUGACUCAGGACUCAGCUGGUCACAAGACCACCACCGUAACCCGGAUGAUAGACGGGCGCAAGGAGACCAUCGUCACCCACGAUGGCGGAGAUGGUUCGCCCAAGAUGGGAGGACAGCAGAAGAAGGAGGUGGUGGUGGCGGCCCAGGGCGAACGCAACAUAUUCGUGACAAAAGAAGGCUACGCCAUGCCACGGAACCUCUGGUGACCAGUGGUGAACAACUAUUGCCCCAAUCAAGACAAGCGAUCUCUGCUGCAGCAACAGAAACAACAGCAACAGUACGAAGAUAAGCUAAAGCGAUUCGUCGGCAACAUAGUCCCGCAUCCACACAACAUCCAAAUUAGAACCUACUACAUUUUAGUUUACAUUCUCCUUAGUGUUUGGUGUUUUAGAUGAAACGCACUUGAGACAACAGAUGACGACGAUUAUUGACCAUGAUUUUAUUGACCAGCGAUCAAUUGAUCGUUUUGGCCAUAUAUAUUAUGUGAGACAGGCGCACCACCCGGCGGCGCCGCACUUUCAGUUCCCAGAUCCAGGGCUCUCUGCAGGCCAAGCUCGAACUCCCCAUAGAAUGGAGAUGGAGUUGGGAUCGGAGAUGGCUCGUGUUGAGCGGUGCGAACGUGAUUUUCAGUUUUGGCAGCAGCAGGAGCAGGCCAGCCGGAUUGGAUGGAUGAUAAUUCAGUGUCGUCCACUCCAAUCCCGCAGAGCGCUGGCAUCCAAAACAAACCAACCAACAAACAAUCGCCGAAACGGCGGCAGUUAUUGUAUUAUUGUAUUGAUUCUUCGUGGUACUAUCUGUGUCUCAAUGCUGCGAUCGUCAGCAUCUAAAGUGCCCGUAGUGAUUUAGCAGCGAAAAAAUAUAUGGAUCCACUAUACAAUACAUUACCGCUUACCAGGCAAACAAAUCAAGUUUAUAUACUAUCUACAAUUGCGUUAAUUUUGUUAGUUAUACUCUACAUUUUUAUACUUAUACACCCGCGUGGUGAAUUGAUCUGGUUUCUGCCCAAGCAGUCGAGUUCAACUCACAGUAUUUUGAAUUACAAUUCAAUUUUUUGUUUAUUAGUUUUACUAAUCUUUAAUGCUUAAGUUGAUUUUCAUCCGAACUAACUUUCAAAGAGGACACAAUGCAUACACGCAUUAGUUAUCAUUCAAGAAACAUGCAAAUAAAGUGUUGUGCAAUAAAAA